UAAUAUGUUCUUUAAGUAGCCUCUAUUAAAACUUUCCGAAAGUUACUAAGCAAAGUAUACCAAAAUUAGUGACUGGGGGCUACACAGAUUGGGGUGUCCACAAACAACCAAUUUAGAAUACAUGUACCAAAAAUAUGGACUUAGUCUCCAACUAUGAGCCCGUAAAUAACAUAAUUUUGUGAAUAAUCAAAACAUCUGAUUUUCAACAUGUCCAGAAGCUACAAUCCGUUUGAUGAAGAUGAGGAUGAUAACUUUAAGCCAAUGAAGUGGAAUGAUGCAGCAGACCCUUAUGAAGACCCAGUAGAAAGAGGAAAGAGGGAAGCAGCUGACAAGCAAAGGAUAUUGCAUCAAGAGGUCAUGAAGAAGGCUCAGUCCAUGGUUGACAGCAGCAACAGGUCUUUGUCACUAGUCUAUGAUUCUGAGAAGGUUGGGGUGGAUACUGCAGAGGAACUUGUCCGACAAGGAGAGGCUUUGAAGCGAACUGAGAGGAUGGUGGAUAAGAUGGAACAUGACAUGAAAACAAGCCAGAGACACAUUAACAGUAUAAAGAGUAUGUUUAGUGGAUUCACAAACUACUUUAGGUCAAAACCAGGUGAAACACCCCCUGAGAAUGAAGAAACUGAAUAUCAAUCAAGUACAAAACUAGCAGAAGCUAUGUCGAGCAGCAAAGCACAGGAAGAGAACUAUCAAGCUGCACAUCCCAACCUGCUUAAGAGAGAAAUUUUAGAGUCAAGCAAUAAUACAGGAGCAUCCAGCUCAGAAAAUCAACACAAGAACCAGGUGUUAAGAAGUUAUCACCAGAAAGUCGACAAUAAUUUGGAUGACAUGUCUUUAGGUUUAAGUCGACUGAAAAACCUUGCGCUAGGACUGCAGACAGAAAUCGAUGACCAGGAUGAUAUGCUUGGGCGCCUGACCAACAAAGUAGAUAAGAUGGACUUAAACAUCAAGACCACAGACAAGCGGAUCCGUGAAGAGCUAUAAGAUACAAAUUUCAACCUCACCAAGACCCUCUGCUCCCUUCAGUUUUAUUCUUGUGGUUUUUAUAAUGUUAUGCAGUUUUCUUUUUUUUUUUUUUUACUGGGACCCAAUUCCACACAUCCCUUUUGGAAUCCUAUAUCUUCUGUAUAACGUAUAAUACAUUAAAUUUGUUAGAUUUAAAUGUGGAUGAUGUUUUGCAGUAUUCUCACUAACUAGACCCAUAUUUAGAUUUAUAGUCUUGAUAUUGGAAUUGUAAUGUCGUUUUUGGCACUUUGUUAUAGCUCUAUUUUAAAUUCAUUUUGUAGGUAUUACCUUACUGCUAUGAUAGGAUAAACAAAUGAACAUGCCUUUAAUAAACGUACACUUUUUACACAUGCGAAUAAUUUAGGUUUUUAUUGACCUUGCCAGAUGCAACUUCUUUUUUACUUUUUCAGGUAAACAUUUUAAUCUAGUAUUACCAAACUUUGUGUAUAAAUGUAUUUAUAAAUAUAUGCGAUGCUCCUGUACACCAUACUGUGAAUAUUUUUUCAGUUUGUUGAUUUAAAAAAAAACUAAUAAUCUUUGCCAUUAUAAUUUUAAUUAACUUGUUUAAUAAAUUUGUACCAUUUGUCUUCUUCAGUCUUAACCACUACUCAAUAGACUGAUGAUUGAAUGGGUUAACAACUUUUUUGCUUGUUUGCCAGAGAUAAUUUAUUAAUACUGCCUUUUACUGCCUUAUACUGACAUCUUAUUAAAAUAUUUUGGACCUAUA